AUGACUGGGACUUCUGGCUUGAUGUGUUCUUCAUGGGACAUGUGUCACAAAUGUGCAUUGAAUAGCUCUUGUAUAAAAGAAAAGCUUCUCUCAGCAAUUAACAUGAUUCUGAGUAUUUUGGCCCUCACGUAUCGGUACAUGUGUUCCACCGCGGAUCUUCCAUACCAAGGUUCCGAUUACUUCAUCGUCACUGUCAUCAGGACUUAUAUAAUGAAGUAUGAUUGCAGGCGCGCUAUGUAUGUAGAAGACAUUACUAAGGCCAAUUCGAUUUUUGUUUUGUCUGUUAUCCUCUUGGUUUUGUCUUUUAUUAACGUAUUCAUGGCAGCUGCAUCGAUUUCAGACGGACACUUCAAUUUUAUUUAUAUGUAUGUAUUGAUUUUAUUCAGUCAGUUACUUGAAUUUAAUAUUUCAGUGGUAAGCCGUGGAAAGCCUGUGAAGAAUUACGAUGUCCCUAUUUAUGUGUACGUGGCCACGAACUUUGCAAUGUUCGUUGUCGAUCUCACUUUCUCAGUUCACUUUGGAAUGGACCAUGAAACUAUGAAAGGGAAGCUGGACAAUCAUAGUGCAGGAUCACUUUUGAACUACGAAAACGACAUGAUUCGACUUGGGGCAAUGUUGUUUAUGACCAUCGCCCUAAAGGGAUACAUUGGUCAUCUGAUUAAUAUUGUGCUUUUAAUUCUACUAAUGUAUUACAUCAUCCAGUACCAGCAAAGGGUCUAUGAAGAAGACCUCGCUCUUCGCAGCUUGGGCGUAAUUAACGCCUUUGAGUCUUCAAAUGGUUUUGAGGAAACCUACAGCCCGCAACGGGCAACAAACUUGACUUCGUUUUACUCCCGCCGUCCAUCGAUGAACGGGCUAAACAGCAUCGACGAAGAAUCACCACGCCAGGCACCAAUGAGAGAAACCUCCUUUAUAGAUAACCUGCCCCUGCCAAGUCCGCCAAAGCAAUUCGAAGAUCCAUGGGUGCCAAUGUACCGCUACGAUCCAAGGCCUGGACCUCUGAGAAGUGGACAAUCCAAUUUGGCGUACAACAGUAGCGACCCUAACCGUUUGAACAUUAUGAUGAAAGAGAGCUCCACAUCUGACCGGAUUCGCGAUAGUUCCAAUUCGUGGCUGCACAACUCCGGAGCCGCGCGCCCCUUUUCAUAUCUUGAGGACCCCAAAAGGCCCGUACCAGUAAAGUCACCGUCAGCUGCAGUUCCGGAACCCCAGUGGCGCCGCGACGCGUGGCCCCCGGCGCCGCCAGUCCCGGACCCUGACUAUAGUCCCCCACCAAGGAGACUCAAAUCGGCCCUUAAAUCUAAUUAUAUUUAAUUGAUAUAAAAUAUUAUAAUCCGAGUAUUUACACGCUUGCCUAUCUAGCUACUUGCGAAUUUUCUGAAUGGCGAUUGUAAUAUAAUAGUAGGGGAGCCUGGGAUACUAGAUUUGCAGUUACUAAAGCGUCAUGGGGGUAGAUUAGAUUUGGUAGAUUGGAUGAUAAAAAGAAUAAAUGGUUAUAUACUUUUUUCGCUUUCAGAGGUGGUGAAAUAAACUACAGACUUUUAGGGGUUUAAUUUUGUAACUUGACGCUCGAACCGUCUGAUUUUCAAAAUGCACACUUUUUAGCUAUCAACUCACCUACCUUAUCUUAAUAUGACGUGAUGGUUGAGUAUUUCUGUAGUUAUUUUUUUUUUUUUUUGGUUGCCCUAAACGUACCCACCAAUAUUGAGAGUUCAUACUUGGUGGAGGUACUGAACAAUGUGCAAGGUAUACUCCCAUAUGCACAUCUGCCGCGCUCGAGUAACUGCAAAAAAAACCCCUCUUCGGCUCCCCUACUAUAGCUUGGCAACUUCGUUCGUAACACUCCCGAUGUGUUGCGCGGGCCAGGGGGCGUGUAGCGAUGAAUGAAAAACCCACGACUGAUGUACCUCACUUCCCCUCACGCACGAUUUCACACCCGCGCAGUCUUUCCCCCCGUCGCCCGUAUAUCAUGGGAGUGUCAUCAACGAACUUGCCAGACUAUAUAACUUAGGUGUCUAGAGUUUAACUUCGGUAAUUUUAGGAAAUGAUAAUUUUUUGUCGGUUAGUCCGAUAAUUAUGUAUUCGUGUACUAAGCGCUCGGCAUAUAUCUUGAACAAAAACCGGCGUUCUAAAGGAAAGUUAAAGGAAAGUUCGCGCAGGUACACUAAGUAUAUGACAAUGGACAAAGCGGACUGAUUUACCAACAGCAGGCGCGCGCGCGCGCUCUGUAUUUCCCCGCGUUCCCUUCGCCCCACCAAAGACACCGACAAAUCGACUACUGCACAUUUAAAUGGAUUGUUCAAGAUGUUUGCCGAGAAUAGGCUACUUGCCAGCUUUGUAAACAGUGUUUAAACUGAAUUUUGGAAGUAUUAUAAGUUAUAUUUUAUUUUGUCCCGUCAAUAAUAACCAGUAAAAAAAUUAAUAUAAAUGAAAAAAUAUCUACGCAAAAUUUUUGCCGCCGAAACACAACACAUUAGCAAGUGACGUCAUUCAUAGAGAUAACAGCGUGAUUGGCGUUUGCAGUGAUGUGAUAUGUCACGUCACCGCAAACGCCAAUCACAAACGGAUGCCUUGUAGCGAAUAACAGUUGUCUUAGUUUAUGAUUGGCGUUUGCGGUGACGUGAUAAAAAUACAAUUUUGUUUUGAAAAAAUAUUACAAUAAAAAAAUAUAUUAUUCUCACAAAUCAAAAUGUGAUUAGCGUUUCUAGGCAUCUAAACUGCCUAAUAUAUGCAAAAUAUCUUCUUAGUUAUAAACAGUAGGCGAGUAGCCUAUUAUAUAUGUAACUUCUUUAGAUAUUUGAAAUCAAAUGACUCAGGAAUUUAGCUUUCCUGCACGAUGUGAAAUAGGUUCGGGGUAAUUUAGGUACACCUACCGCUUGAAGUUAGAUCGGGACAUCAUAAAAUGCGUUGUCAUAUUUGUACCUAUGUGUUAGAUAAGUAUUACUAGUUCAUCAUCAUCAUCAUAUCAGCCGAUGGACGUCCAAAGACCUUUUGUAGGGAUUUCCAACAUCACGAUAAUGAGCCGCCUGCAUCCCUGCGACUCGCUUGUUGUCAGUCCAUCUGGUGGGGGGUCUACCAACACUGCGCUUCGUCUGCGCAGUGCGGGGUCGCCAUUCCAGCACUUUUGGACCCCAACGUCCAUCGGCUCUUCGAACUAUGUGCCCCGCCCGUUGCCACUUCAACUUCGCGACUCGUUGAGCUACGUCGGUGACUUUGGUUCUUCUGCGGAUCUCCUCAUUUCUGAUUCGGUCACGCAGAGAUACUCCGAGCAUAGCUCGUUCCAUCGCCCGCUGUGUGACUCUGAGCCUUCUUAUGAGGCCCAUAGUUAGCGACCAAGUAUUACUUACUAAUUUUUAGAUUUAUUAAUACAUUCUUGAUUUUCAAAAGUAAAUACUUACUUACUGUCAUUUCGACUGGUAUGUUCCUAUUGUACCUAUACGCCGCUUUAUUUGCUUGUCGCUCACGGGAAUAAGUACCUACUUAAAUUUUUCUUUUCGUGAAAAAUUAAUGAGAUUAAUGAGAAUUCAAGAAAAUAAUUACGACUCAUAAGACAUCAAAUAUUUUGACACCUUGAAAUAUAUUUAAUAAAGUAAACCUGUUACAAAGUGUUAUGGCGUUUCGGAACAUCGUACACAUAGAGGAAGUAGUAGGUAUGAUGCGAAAUACAUCAUUUUAGGUAGGUAUCAUCGGGAGUGUAGGGGCGCGACGGCGGUGCAUCAACCCACGCGCGUCUUUCUAUCCCAAAGUCGCCUCAGAGCGGGGCACACGGCAGCGGUUCGGCACCGGACUUGCAACCACGGAAAUGAGGCGGGGAAGGUGAAUGCGUUGCGACGUCGGAGCGGCACCGCUCAGUUGUUUAUGCGUCACAACAUUACUUUAUUAACAGACUUUCCAACACUACUACGGCGCCGCUGCGAACUAACAACGUUGCGGCGCCGCAACUUAUCGUGCGCCCCGCUCUAUGCGUCUGGCUUUUAGCCGUUUAGCGUACUAUAUGUAUAAUUAGAAAGUAUUAUAAACAAAAAAAAUACUACAUCUUAAGUAUUGUAACCAUUCAACUUAUAGAUACGUCAUCAUCGAUUUAAAUGUAAAAUUUUAAAUUAUUUAUUAAAUAAAGUAGUGACGAAUUGUAAAUGUUUUAUUUGUCCCAAGUCCCAACCGUUGUUGACACUCUAAAAUUGACAAAUAGAACAAAAACAUUAAGCGAACAUAGCCGCACGUUAAAUCUAGUAUUAAGUAUUUUGACAACCAUGACGGUAUUUGAAUAGAUAUAAUAUAGACACAGAAAACAUAAUAUGAUAUAGGUAAGAGCUAUAGGUAAAUAAAACGUUUCGCUAAUAAUUUUGUUCGAACUGAAUUGCGUAAAAAAUACUACUCUCAGCUUUGUACAUAGUACGCGAAGUCUAAAAGUAAAAAGCUACA